UUUUCACAGUUGUUCAGCGAAAAGAUAAGUGGGGCAGAAGGAACAAAAUUAGAUGAAGAAUUCCAGGAGAUGGAAAGGAAAAUUGAUGUCACUAAUAAAGCUGUAGCUGAGCUUCUAUCCAAAUCAACAGAGUAUCUCCAGCCAAAUCCAGCAUACAGAGCCAAGCUGGGAAUGCUGAACACUAUGUCAAAGAUCAGAGGACAAGUUAAAACCACAGGCUAUCCCCAGACAGAGGGCCUCCUGGGAGACUGCAUGAUACGGUAUGGCAGAGAGCUUGGAGAUGAUUCUAUGUUUGGCACUGCACUACUGGAUGUUGGUGAAAGCAUGAAACAAAUGGCAGAGGUGAAAGACUCGCUUGAUAUUAAUGUCAAACAAAAUUUCAUUGAUCCUCUACAGUUACUGCAAGACAAAGAUUUAAAAGAGAUUGGGCAUCAUCUGAAGAAACUGGAAGGUCGUCGUUUGGAUUACGAUUAUAAAAAGAAGCGUCUUGGGAAGAUACCAGAUGAAGAAGUCAAACUAGCAGUAGAAAAGUUUGAAGAGUCAAAGGAACUGGCUGAAAGAAGCAUGUUCAACUUCUUAGAAAAUGAUGUAGAGCAAGUUAGCCAGUUGGCCGUGUUUGUAGAAGCAGCGCUAGAUUACCAUAAACAAUCCACAGAAAUAUUGGAGGAUCUGCAGAGCAAGCUGCAAAACCGAAUAAAUGUAGCAUCUAGUCGGCCUAAACGUGAACUUAAGUCAAAGCCUGUAAUAACUACAACCCUGGAAAUCGGUGAUAAUCAGCAGCACAAUGGGAUUGCUUAUAGUUCUUCAAUAAAAUCAUCAGGUUCUUCAAUGCACAUGGACCAGCCUUGCUGCCAAGCUCUGUAUGACUUUGAGCCGGAAAACGAAGGCGAGCUUGGCUUUAAGGAGGGGGACAUCAUCACUUUGACCAAUCAGAUUGAUGAGAAUUGGUAUGAAGGGAUGUUACACGGAGAGUCCGGCUUCUUCCCCAUUAAUUAUGUUGAAGUGAUGGUACCCUUGCCUCAGUGAUUGUGUCAUUAAAGCUGUGAACAUGAUUUCUCGACUGAAAUGGAUUCACAAAUGUUCUAUCAGUGUGGCAUUCUGUGAAAGCCUUGCUAUUUGACUGACUUACUGACUUUUGUAUGCGUCUUUUUAAAAUGUAUUUAUUUUAUAUUCAAAAAAAUUUUACCCUCUCUGUCUUCAUCAACCUGCAAAAAGACCCAUGCCCAGUUUUUUUGCUUUGUGCCUUGAAGAUCACUGUAUGAAGUGUUUACUGGUAGCUCACUGUUGCUCCAAAAAUGCAUUUCUUUGCUAUUAUUGUAUGUGGAUUUUUUUUUAAUCUUUGGCUGCAAUGAUUUUACUCUUGAAAAGCAUUUAAAAAAAUACUGUAAGUGAAGCUAACUGUAACCAGUUCCUAAGUUACUGAUGUCCUUGAGCUUUUCUCACUUAUCACUCUGUAAUUUAUUGUGAACAAGUUAAUCCAUGUCUCAAAUUGUAUGUUGACAAAAGGCAAAGUGGUUGUUGUCAAUAUUAUGACGUUGUUGUACUAAGUACAAGCUCUCAGAAUUGAAAAUUCCUAUAGUUUACUGACCAAACUUAAUAAAUAUUUCUGUGGGAAAAGAA